CCGCUAUCGCGAAAGCACGUCCACGAUUUUUGGCGCGAAAUGACAAGUUCACGGCGAAGUUAUCGGCUCGAUUCGAAUGAAAUUCUUGACGCCUUGGUUGCUGAUGAUUCGGAUGUUGAAGAAGCCCCUGAUAUUGAAAUUCAAGACCUUAUUCAAGACUUGCAAGAGGUUGUAUCGGUUCAAGAUCGACAAGAUGUUGAUGCUGACAUGUCAGACGACUUAUCUGAACCGGAACACGGACGGGACCGGGGUAGUACACCUCGAAGAAAUGCGAGAUCCCGCCGCGGUCGCUUGUCGGCGCGUUCGGCUACCCGCGGGUGCGGCGGUACCCGCACAUCAGCAGCAGCACUUACCCUCAGAGAAAUGGAUGAAUAUAAAGGAUGGUCAUACCAAGCAGUGCAAGAACCGCCAGAAAAUCCAGUAUUUAAAGAAGUAUCUCAAGUAUUGGCUCCAGUAGAUGAAAGUUCGUCAGAGUUGGUUUGUUUUUCAAUUUUUUCCCCGAUUCCUUUUGGAACACUCUAAAGAUCGAAACUAACCGUUACGCAGCUCAAAUGAAAGCCAAACAAGCAAGAAAAGGCAUUCUGAAACCUGGCACUAUGUUGUACGAAUGGAAAGCUGUCAAAGAAUCUGAACUAAAGAUAUUUUUUUCUAUCGUGAUUCAUAUGACGCUUGUUUACAAGGAAAGUUUUGAUUCAUACUGGUCUACACGGGGAAUAAUAGCCACUCCAUUCGCCGGGAAGCACAUGCAUAGAAACAGAUUCCGAGCCAUUUACAGCUGUCUCCAUCUAAAUGAUAACACAAACUACAAACCCCGUGGUGAUCCCGAGUACGACGCUUUUUUCAAACUCCGACCUUUUUUUGAUGAGCUGUGUCGGUUGUGUCAAGAGUGUUUUUAUCCCAAUGAGAACUUGGCUAUCAAUGAGGGCACUUGUGGGUUUAGGGGACGAGUGCACUUCAGAAUGUAUAAUAAAGAUAAGCCCGAUAAAUAUGGCAUGAAAGUGUACAUGCUCUGUGACGCGGAAACAGGAUAUAUACUGCGCAUGAUUCCCUACAUAGGUGACUCGAAAGCGGUGGAAACAAUUAUCACGGAAUUGAGUGAACCUUACUUCGGUAAGUGGCACACCAUAUACAUGGAUCGUUUCUUUACAAGUACGACAAUCGCAGACUUAUUAUGGAUAAAGGGCACUCGCCUUGUUGGCACUGUAAUGGCGAAUCGUCGUGGUCUGCCACAGGAUUGGCGUCAUCAACCGAUGGAAAAACACGAAAUGGCCUUUUGUCACCGGGUCAAUCUAACCGCUUGUAAAUGGAAGGACAAGCGUGAUGUACUCAUGCUUACUACGAAACACGGAGCUAGCUGGACAAAGGUGGAUGCGAAAGUCAAAGGUGUUGGUGUGACCAAAAGGCUGAAACCAGAUUGUGUACUUGAUUACAACCACCACAAAGUUGGUGUAGAUCUGAAUGACCAGUACGUGUCUUACUACUCCUGGAAUAGAAAGAGCAUGAAGUGGUGGAAAAAGAUGUUUUUCAACUUGGUAGCAAGAGCCAUGGUAAACGCUUAUGUCAUUUAUAAUAAAUCAAGGUCUCAACGCCGUCGCCCGCGAUUCUCGCAGUUCCUGAUAGAGUGUGGUGACCAGCUGCUGCAAACUGCACCAGAGGCUGAACCAGGACCCUCACGUGGCCCACACCCUGUAGGCAGCAGUACCAGACUAGUGGGAAGGCACUUUCUCGAAAGGAUACCGAGCAGCGAAAAAAAAGAGAAAGUGGCAAGAGUGUGUAAAGUUUGUGCAGACAUUUCUAAGAAAAACACUGGCAAACGAGGACGCAAAGAAACGAUAUUUUACUGCCCAGACUGCAACGUGCCUUUAUGCUACCAUCCUUGCUUCAAAGUGUUUCAUACACGCAAGGAUUAUACGACAUAAACACAAAUUACAAGCAAACAAGAUCAUGUUCGACUUGUUUUUUUCAUAAAAACCCUUUUUUAUACUACAUUUCUAAAUAAAAAAAAAAUAAU